CCCCACUCUACGCAUGCGCCCCGGCGCCGUCGCCGUGGCAACGGGACGCGGCGCCAGGAGCCGAGGAGGGCCGGGCGCGGGCGGUCGUCAUGUCGGAGAUUCUGUGUGGGUGGCUGAACGAGGAGGUGAAGCUCUCCCGAAGCGUGGUUCCAGGAUCCCUUUCAGAAGAAUUUUCUACUGGCUACCUCCUAGGAGAACUUCUACACAAGUAUGGUCUUCAGGAUGACUUUAAUCAAUUUUCACAGAGCAGGACUGCAAAUGCAAAGCUUAACAAUUUUUUUCUCCUGGAGCCCACACUUCACCCGCUUGGAGUACAGUUUAAUGAGAACGUGGCCUAUGACAUCAUGACAGGAAAGCAUGGGGCUGCAACAAAGCUUUUAUAUGAAUUGUACAUUGCUUUAGGAAAAAAAAGAAAGGCAAAGCUCACUGGAGUAGCUAUGGAAGCAAUGAGACCUGCAGCACCUGCAAGGCUCAUGUCUAUCAGAAGUGUUUCAUUUCGAGAGCGUUUGAAAUAUUUAACAUCAUGGCAGGCUGAUUUGCAACUACAGCAGGUUUCAGAGCAUUUUGAAGUGAAAUCUAAAGCAAUAGAAGAUAAAAUAUCUCGUAUACAUAUUUCAGAACAACAGAAAUCUCUAAAGCUUCAAGAAGAUCAAAGAGCCCAAGACACUGAAAAGCAUCACAUAGGAAGAAGACAAAAUGAAAUAAUGGCCAAAAUUCAAGCAGCCAUUAUACAAGUUCCAAAACCAUCACUAAGCCACACCUUAAAAUCUAAUGAAGCCAAAAAAUUCUUAAAGAAGGAAAGAGAAGCAGAGGACACUUACAAGGAGAUUAACAAGUUUGAGAAGUCUGUGGUAGGAAAUGCCUUUGCAGUACACAGCCAGCUCACUGAUAGUGAAAUACAACGCUCAUUGCAAACCCAGAAGCUGCAAGAAACAACCCUAGAAACUACAACACAAACAGCAACUGAACUACUACCUACUGAUUCAGAUGAUGAAUAUGUAAGAAAAAUUCAAAAACGUUUGGAGGAAGAUGUGUUUGCUAGAGAACAGCGAGAAAAGAGACGUCGUAAAAUGUUAAUGGAACAGUUAAUAGCACAUGAAGCAGAAGAGGAGAUUUACCAGGAGGAACAACUUAUUUACAGGCUACUGAGACAAUCUCAGCAGGAGCGAAGGAUUGCUGUUCAACUCAUGCAAGUUCGACAUGAGAAAGAGGUGUUAAAACAAAAUAGAAUUUUCAGGGAAAAACAAUAUGAGGAAAGACGACUGAAAGAGUUCCAGGAAGCUCUUGACAGAGAGGCGGCUCUUGCAAGACAAGAAAAAAUUGACUGUGAAGAACAAAUUGUCAAGGAAAGAGAGCGUCAUGAGGAAACUGCUAUUGAAAGAGCUCAGGCUCGGUAUAAAAAACAUUAUUCUGUGUGUUGGGAAGUGAUUGACCAAAUUGUUGAUUUGUCAACAAAAAUAGGAGAAUAUCGAGUACUGACAAACAACAAAGUUCCAUUAAAACUGAUCUGUGAUUGGAAGGAAUUGUUUUUGAAUGGAAAAUCAAUAUAUGAAAAGGCCUCAAUUAAACCUUUGCCAAGUGACCCAAGCCCAGAACAACGUACAGAAUUGAAUAAAAUGGAUUUGUUAGAUGGAAAAGAUUAUAGUGAAUACAAGAAUAUGACGGGGGAAUGGUGUCCAGCUGAAGAGAACAGAUUAAACAAAUCUCAUCUUAAUAAUAAUAUAUUGGGUCAUGUGCUUCAUAGACUGGUGGAGAUUUUCUAUCCUUCAAAACCCAGUUCUUCACUACCUGUACUUCCUCCAUUUCCCAUCAAGGGAUGUAUUUUGGGAAAACUUCUUAGUGGAAAAACUACCUGUGUAAAGUUUCUUGAAAAAGUUUGCAAUAUUCAGGUACUAUCUGUCGAUACACUGGUUCAGGAGGCCAUCCAAGCUUUUCUUAAUAAUGAAGUGAAAACUGAACACAACUUGAUUUCACAGGAAGUAGAAAGUUCUGCAAAACAAAACAAGGUCCAGAGGAACUUCUCAGAAUCAUCAGUGAAAUUUCUAACAGAAACAUUUACUAAUGGAACCCAAGGUAAUUGUCCUGUCAAAAAACAUGCAUCUGAUCAGGAAAUUGUAUCAGACCACAAUGACAUAUCCAAGCUAUCUGUACGUGCCCAGCUUGGUGCUGCAUCACAAACAUUGUUGAAGAAAGGAAAAAGUAUUCCUGAUGAAUUACUAGUUGACAUCCUAUUGGAAGCCAUUAACCAAACACCACCAGAGAAGGGGUGGAUUCUGGAUGGAUUUCCAAUGACAAUUAAUCAGGCAAAGCUAUUUGAAAAAGCCUAUUCUGGGAUUGAUCCAGAUGAAAUGGAAGCAAAAUAUGUAAACUGUGGAAAGCUCUUACUUGUUACAAAUCCUGAAACCCCUUACGAGCCUCCAGUUGCCUUACCUGCAUUUGAUGUUUCUAUAUUAUUGGAUAUUUCAGACACCACAGUACUGAAACGCAUGGCCAGCUUGAAGUCAAAUAAAUUAAAGCCCUCUCAAACUGAACAGAAGGACAACAAUCAAAAUUCAGAUGCUACAAUCGUAGAAGAGAAGACUGACUUAGUAAGGGACCAGAUGCUGCAUAGAAUUUCAGGCUUCCUAGACACAUGGCCGAAACUAGAGAACUGGUUUUCAGUUCAUCAGAAAACUCUGGUGAAAGUCAAUGCGGAGUCAGAAGAAAGUAUUGUGUGUAGAACUGUGAAGGAAAUCCUGAUUGAAAAAAUUGACAAAAAGCAGAAUAGAAGGUCCGUACGAGAAAAAUCACCAAAAGAAAAGGCUUUGCAUGUUACACCUCAAGAUCUGCUUUCUCCCAUUUCUGUGACACCACCACGGAUUAAACCAGGGACAGAUGAAUGGAUUUAUGUAGAUGAGCCACUUCCCAAGGAGAUACCUGAUUUUUUAGUUCCUUAUUGGGAAAUGGUAGAAAAUGUAUAUAUGAAUACCAUCAAAACUAUCCUGAGAUGUCUAAGGGAUGAACAGUACUCUAUGAUAUAUUACUUAGCAGAUAUUAGUUUUACCAUAAUUUACAGAAAAAAAUUCCAAGAUUAUUUAAAGCAUCCUGAUCUUAAGCAGGAGUUUGUAUCCCAGUGGCAAUCGGAUUUUAAUUCAAUUUCUGAUGAUCUGAGGGAAGAUGAGGAAACAAAAGCAGAACUACACCAAAGAGUAACUGACUUAAGAGAUCUUCUCUGGGAUAUCUGUGAUAAAAGAAGGGAAGAAGCAGAACAGGAACGUACUGAUGUCAUGAAUGAUGGCUGGUUGCGAGAUCAUAAGGGGAUUGCAAUAAACCAUUUUUUUUCACUUAUGCAGGUUGAAGUGGAUCGUUUCCAAGAUACAAAGAGACUUCUUCACGACUAUUAUAGAGCAAUGGAAGGAAAAAUUCCAACAGAAGACAGACUAGAUUUUACUAGACUCCCACUGCUAGAUAUUAUUGACAAAAAGCAGAAAGAAGAUCAGAAUGAAUCAAGGAGGAUUCCUCUAGUUUCUUAUAAACUGCCUUCACCGGAAACAAAUAUUACCAAGUCAAAAAGCAAGGGAACACUACUGAAGAGUGUUAAGGAUGAGAAUUCUGAAGAUAUGUUGGUCACUUUUGGGAAAGAUGAAAAUCUUAUUUCUGAUACAUGGCAAACAGCAGUAACAGCAAUAUCAGAUAUGGUUAGAGCUGAAGUACAAUCAAAAGAGAUGAAGGAAGAAGGAGAAAAGGAGCUAGAAGUGAAAGAAGAUCUGAAGUCUUCUCAGACAAUGUCAGGCAAAUCUACUGAGAAGGAUGCCAAAGGCACCAAAAAAUCUCCCAAAUCACCUACUAAAAAGAAAGGACCUCUUUCUACUGCGUCUGUGGCUGAAGACAGUCCAGUUCCUUUAACCUCUGAAGAAUUAAAAAAACAAAAAUUGACACUUAAAAUACAGCAAGAAUACUUUGCUGCCCUGAAACAUGAGGAGAAAGCCACAAAAACUCGACUAAAACUUAUAAAAGAAAAAGCUUUAGCAUUUGUUGAAGAGAUGACAAUGAAAGCAGUAGAAGCUUAUAAAGAUAUGGAAAACUGGCUUGGAGCAAGGUUCCUAGCAGAAAUGUCCAGUGUUGAAAAGCUGGUUGAAGUAGGACGGCACCAUAUUGAAUGUUCUAGCAAAAUCCAGUAUGAAAUGACUUUAGAGGAAACAGAUUUCUUCAUCAGCAGUGAUGUAAAAUUGAUUCCUGAUACUGUUCCUCCACCACAAGUUCCAGUAAUAGAGACUUGUGAAAGUAGUACCCUAACUAUUUCACAACUUAACACAUUUCAUAAGCAUUUACUACAAAUGGCACCUAAAGCGAUAAGAGCACUGAAGCAAUUUAAAGGCAGGAGUAAUUCUUCUAGCAAGAGAGAAGUUGGUAACAGAGGGAAGGAAAAGAAAGACUUGGAACAUCCAAGAAUAAAGAAGAAUCGCCAGUUUCCAAAAAUAUGGCUAACAAAGUACUCCUGGUUAAAAUAUGAUGAUGAAAGGGGAAUAAUGUUCUGUGCGUUGUGUCGCAAGCAUAAUGUGGACUUGGGGGAAAACAUUCAUAAUUUUUGUUCUGGCACUGAUGACUUCAAACUGGAAUUUAUAAAUACACACCAGAACAGUGAAGCUCAUGCCUGGGCUACCUGCAUGGAAACUGCCAGUACUGUUUCACCAAAUACAGUUUCUGCUGAGCAGAUGUUGAAGAGUAUGAACUCCAUAACAAUAGGAAGAGUAGAAAGUAUUUUUAGAACAUGCUGUGCAAUUGCUAGAUCUGAUCAGCCCUUUGCAGACCUGGACUCAAUGUGUAAACUAGAUGAUGUGAAAGGAAUGGACAUUGGUUCUGUAUUCAGAAAUGAAAAGUCAGCAAGAACAUUUAUACAUGUUAUUGCUGAAGAAGAAAGAAAAGCUCUAAAAGAGAAACUGAAGAAUUGUAAAUUCUUUUCUCUUAUUAGUGAUGAAGUCACAGAUAGUGUAUUCAAAUCAGCUGCAGUUGUGUAUGUGCGCUUUGCAAAUGAAGGAAGAGUUCAUUGCCAGAUUGUUGGGGUUCAACCUGUUCAAAAAAAUGAUGCUUCAAGUAUAACAAAUGCAAUUGAGAAAACAUUACAAAUAAACCAAGGCUGGUCAAGAAAAUUAGUUGGAUUUGGAAGUGAUGGGACAGGUGUCGUGAUUGGUCAAAAUGAUGAGGUGGCUAAUCUUGUGAGGGAAAUUCAACCUUGUGUACAACCUGUGCAUUGUUUUGCUCAACGCCUAAGGCUGGCUUACAAAAGAGCACUCGAAAACAUUCAGCUAUACAGUAGCUUAACAAAUGGCUUGAGAACUAUGUAUUACUUCUAUCAUAACUCACCUCUAAAUAAGAAUAAUCUCAAAGCUAUAUAUGAAGCCAUCAAGUUACAUCCAGCUAUUCCAUCUCGCAUUGGAGGCUCUCGGUGGCUUCCUCGCCUACAGACAGCUCUACAGAUUCUCCUCAAAGGUUAUCCUGCAUUUGUUCUACAUCUGAAUAAGACUGAAAGAGAUUCAAGGACCUCAAAUAGGCAGAAGGUCAAAGGCCUAUUAUAUCUCCUUCUGAAAAUGGACAUAGUUAAGUUUUCCCAUUUCUUGUUGGAUGUCAUCAAUGUCCUCAACAUUCUGUCACGUGUUACUCUGGAUCACAGUUCCUCCAUUGCAGAUAUAUUUGCAACGAUGCAGUCAACAGUGGAAACACUCCAAAUGUAUCAAACAAGAGCUGGUCCAAAGGAACGCCUAAUGGAGACCAUUCAGCAUUUUCAUGGUCACAAACUUGUUGGAAAUGGAAAUAUUUCAGCAGUACGAAUGAAAGUACUAAGUAAUUUGGUAAAGAGGCUAAGUGAUUGUUUCUGUGAUGCUAAUCAAGACGUCUUGAAAGCAACUGUUAUUGGAAGUUUUAAACUAUGGCCUGACAAAAUGAAACAAGAAUUUGGUGAAAAGGAGGUAUCGGUCUUGAGUAAACAUUAUGAAGUCAUACUAGAAGCUGCUAGUGUGAAAAUCAGUGAAAUUGAAACUGAAUGGAGCAUGUUGAAAUUAGAGCUAUAUAACAGAUUUCAGAACAUCCAGACCUUGAGAUGGGAUUCAGUGAAUGCAUAUUAUUCAAAGAAGUAUCCCAACAUCCUGGCAUUAGUAGAUCUGAUCCUAACUCUGCCAGCAAGUUCAGCUGAAACAGAGCGAGGCUUCAGUCAAAUGAAAUUCAUCAUGUCGCAUCUGCACUCUAAACUAAUGUCUGAAAGUAUGACAACAGAUCUUAUGACAAUCCAGAUGAAUUUUCCAGAUACCAGGUUUGACCCCCAAGAAGAUAUUCAUUUGUGGAAUACUACUUGGCAGAGAAAUAGCAGACUACAGGCAGAUGAUAUGAUGAUAAAUGAAAGAACAGAUUGCUCCUCUGAGUUUGAUUUGGAGAGUCAGUGUGGAAGUGAUUAGAUGAGAAUUAUUAGUUUUUUCUUCAAAAUCAUUCUUGUAACAUAUAUGGACACUUUACCGACAUAUCUUACAAGAUUAAUGAGUGUGAAAUCUUUUCCAUGAUGUAUAACAAUUUUUAAAAAUAGUUUUUCUCUCUAUGCACUGUUGAAUCACCAGUCGCUGUUUAUACUUACCCUUCUUUGCUAGAUUUCUUACAAAUCUGAAGGUAAUGAACAAAAAAUAUGGAGUACAUUGUGACCAUGUCUACACAGAACAGAGGGAUGAGUCAUAGCUACCAGAUUGUUGCAUUUAAUCCGAGCCACUGAUACAUUAUACCCACUUAAUGUAACUGUUAUCUGUAAUAGUUCAAGAAGCUUUAUUCAUUCUGAAAACCAUGAUUUUCUUUUAUAAAUGUGUGGGAAAGCAGUGCAUUAUUGCUGUCAAAUGAUUGCUUGGUAUCCUUAGCCUCUGAGUUAAGGGUAACACCUUCUCUCCGUAUCUGUAUGUACUACUACUUUUAAAUCUCUUAUGGGUAAAUUUUAACAUGACAUUUCAAGAUUCUCGUCAGACUUGUCCUUCAGAAGACCUUCCUACAUAGUAGGAAGUCCUAUAGUAAAAGACUUCCCACAUGAUCUUUAGUCCAUUGCUGAUAAUUAUUUGCAUAAAUCAGACAUCCCAUAACACAUACUCUUGCAACCAGGAUAUGACUACUAUACUUCAAAGCUUAAACCAUUUCUUAUUCAUGUAAAAAUGUUUUGGUGAGGACUGCAGUAAGAAUGCUCUGUCUUUCUAACAUUUGAGUUGUGGAUGAGAGAUGUUCAGAGAAUUUUCUGAUGUUGUAAUUUGCUACUAUCUUCAUGUUGUAAAUGAAACUUUCUGCUUGCUAAGUUCCAGACAUGGAAAAGCAUCCCAACAGAAUAUGUUUAAAGAAAAUUAGAAAGAAAGUGUUAAAGGCUUUUCUUAGUUCUCCCAACGCUAAUGAAGAUGAACUAAAAAUAACUUGGGAUAAACAAAUUUGAGGUCAUUCACCUUUAAGUUAAUCUUUUUCUAUGCUGAGAUUAACACUCCACUUUCAGUGUAGGAAGUCUACUAAUUGCAGGUGUGCUACUUAAAUAUAACCUUUCUAUCUUCCAUAUAUAUUCAUGCUGCUUCUAGGUCUAAGUAGUUGUGUAUGUCAGAAACAGAGUAUGUUUGAAUGCAUAACUCAUUACGAUGUAUUAGUCCACACAAGUAGAAUUAACUUACAGGGAUAGUUACAGAACAAAAGGUCAGUACUUGUAUUAUAUGGUAGAUUAGAUAAAAAAUCAUUGAAAUAUGUUCACUUGUGAUUUCUCAGAUAACAAAAAUGUUCCUUUAUAUUUUAUCUAAUAAACAACAGGAUAUAUAUUAUAGGGAGUGCCUUAUUAGAUGUAUUGCAUAGCUGUUUCCAAGGAUUUUCUCUGAAGUUUCGUAAUGUCAGAUUUUUCCCUUUGAAGUUUCAAACGGGAACGUUCUAGCUAUGAUGAAAUUGGAAAAUGUUUGGAAAUGUGUACCUAGAACAUCGAAGAGCAGAAGAUGAAAUCUGAAGUAACUGAUAAAAGUAUAUUUUGAAUCUGUAAUACUGAUGACACCUCUGCGAUGCAUGAGGACAACAUCACAAUUUUUAGUGUUAGUUUUGAAGAUAAUGAGUACACUGCCCUUGCCAGAGAAAUCUUAGUAUCAUAAAAAGUAGUUGGAAAGGGAUGUUGAAAGACUUGUGGUGAAAUAGGACCAAGACAGACAAUCUGUAAUCAAUAUUUACCUCUCUUUCUUUCUUGAUAGGUUUUUUGAAAUAAUCCACUCUUUUCUUUUAUAGCUAUCUGACAUAUUUUUGCUGAAAAGAAAAAUGGUCUGGUAUCAUCCUUCCUAAUUUUAGCUAUGGAGAAGAGUUUAUUACUAUGUUCUUUAUAAUACUUUGUUUUAAUUUAAAAACUACUGUUAUUUUCUCAUGGUCUUUCUUUUCUAGAUGAAAAUAGCAGAAGACUUUUAAUAUUAUCUCUUAGGUCAUUUUUCUAACUCUGUGAAGAUUCUCGCUUAAUUUCCAUAUGUCCUUCAAGAUCUUCAGCUUCCAAGAUUUUCUGUCAACAAAACAUUAAGACUGCAAAAAUUAUUUCAAAUUUCUUCUCAUAUACUUUUUGGUGAUAUCGUAAUCAACUAAAAUCCCUAAAGCCUUUCAACAGGAAUGUUACUUUGACAGCAUGAUUCCCAGUGUGACAUUUAUGCAGUGUGUUAUUUCAGUGCAGUGUAGCACUUAACAUUUAUUCUAAUUAGGUAGUGUUCUUUUCAUCCUAGGCUAUCCCUCCAAUUUGUAAAGUUCAUUUUGAAUUCUAAUCCUGUACUCCAAAGUACUUGAAGUCCUUUCAAGAUUGGUUUUAUCUGCACUAUAAUAAACAUUGUAAUUUUUGCAGUCUGUUA